GGUGCGCCAACGGAAUUAAUCUCAACUAAACAGGCUGAGGCUACUAAUGUUUAAAAGAAACUACAUUUUAAGAUCCCACCUAAAAAAAAAGGAAGAUUCAAAAUAGAAAUCGAUUGCCCUCUUGCGUUGCUCCGCCUUAGAGGAGAAGGAAGGGAACUCCGAAUACAACUGAGAGCAGCCGCAGUUGAUGCCACACAUGAGAACAUAGAGGUUUGAAAAGCAGGGAGGGAUUUCUGCAGAUUGUUGAGGGAGUAAUUAUCAGCAAAAAUGGUGAAAGGGAAGAUUGUGAUCCAAAAGAUCAACUGUUCGAAGAGCAGACAGGUGACUUUCUUCAAGAGAAGAACAGGGCUGCUCAAAAAGGCAAAGGAGCUCUCCAUUCUUUGCGAUGCGGAGAUCGGGUUAAUCAUCUUCUCCUGCACUGGGAGGCUCUACGACUAUGCCAGCACGAGCAUGAAGUCAAUAAUUGAGAGAUAUUCCAACGCGAAGCAGGAGCUGAACGAUCUGCCAUGCAUAUCUGCUUUGGAAAUCCAGUCAUUACGAGAGGAGAAUGCAAGCUUGAAGCAACACAUAAGCAAACUGCAAGAAUCUCACAGGCAGUUGAUGGGACAAGAGCUUACGAAAGUGAGACUUGAAGAGUUGAAUGACUUGGAGACCAAGUUGGAUGCGAGUUUAAAGAAUAUUCGUGCACAAAAGGAUCAGGUUUACAAGGAGGAAGCAACAGAGCUAAAGCAAAAGAUUGAUCGAGUCGAGCAGGAGAAUAUAGAGUUGCGGAAGAAGUUGAUGAGCCAAAUUGUGCAAAACAUUAAUACAGACCGAAAGGGAGAUCAUCAUGAGCAUGCAAUGUCAAGUAAUCAUCCUCUCCCAAUCCUUGAACUAUUAAAGCUUUUCACUGCACAGGAUCCUAAUCCUAUCAAAACGGGCAGCACCUUGUUGCCGGGAAACAGUGCUCGUGGUUUGAGUGCAAACGAUGAUCAGAAGGAUACUAGUGUACCCAUCCUUAAUCUCAGCCUGAGCCCACCUGAGCUGUAGUGUAUUUCCAGUGUUAUAUUUCGAAUCAAUGCAGUACGAAUGGCAAACAUACAGAUCUCCAGAGGGAAAUGACGUUCGUUCAUCAUUAGUUUGCUUUGACGGUAAUAAUAACACUAGGGGGUCAAUAAGAGAGAGUAAUUAGUCACAGCAAUUGCUAUCUAACGUGCCGUUAUUUGUUAAUCAAAUUCAAAUAUAGUAUAUGUAUUGUUAAGACACAUAUAUUGACAUUUGUUUUAUCAGGUAACUAAUUAGCAACGGAAAAUGACAAACUAUAGAUCAAUCUUUUGAAUUGAUA